UUAAAAUUCUUAUAAUCCUUGAAAAAAUUAUCAGGAUUGGGUAUUCACUUUUUUUUAAUCAAAUAUAUUUGUGUUGAAGGUUAAUUAAGUUCAAUUUUGAAGAGAUUAAUGUAUAUUUCUACGGAAAAUAUCGUAUCCAAUUUAAUAUUAUGUAACUACCCGGAUGUAACUUGUAAGUGUAAUUUACUGUUGAAAUUGUAUUUAAAAAUAAAAAUUAAAAUACAGUAAUUCUUCCAGUACAAAAGCAACAUUGAAAAUUAUUUUCUUUUUACGUGUUGCCAAAGAAAGAAAUGAAUGCGUCAAUGCGAAACAAUAAAAAACGAAGCGAAAGGAAACGCAAACACGAGCCAGUUUCCAUUGCAGAAGGGUUUAACAGUUUUCGGAAUGGCCUUGCUGUGGCAGCUGCUGCAACUGUUGGUAGAUAUGGUAUCCAUGCCUUGCAAGCAUUCAAGGCGAGGCCACCUCAAGUGCGUAGAUUUUACGAAGGCGGUUUCCAAGCUACUAUGAAUAGAAGGGAAGCUGCUCUGGUGCUUGGGGUUAGAGAUCGAACUCCGACAGAUAAGAUUAAAGAAGCGCAUAGGAGGGUGAUGAUUGCAAACCAUCCGGAUGCAGGUGGAAGCCAUUACCUAGCAUCCAAAAUCAAUGAAGCAAAAGAGGUCAUGCUUGGAAAGAUCAAGGGUGGUGGGUCAGCAUUUUGAAGCUAAAGAGUGUAAUCUUUUCAUUCUUUCUGCUCUUGACCCCAGUAUCGACAACGCUCGUUACUACAAUUAUAUAUCGAUUAUAAUUAUUUGAGUCUUCCAAGUAGAUUAGUGAUUACCUAAUGAUAAAAUUUUAACCUGCAAAUAAAUUAGUCCAUAAGAGGAGCCUGUGUAUCUUGGCUAUGUUUAGACUUCAGAGGAUUAAAAACAAUGCACUUCUUUUCUAUGAUGUUUAAUACCUUACUUGUCUAUGAUAUCCAUGUUUCUCCGCAUUCUUUGUAGAUAAAAUCCGUAAUAUACUAUGUUAAAUAAGGCUCUUAAUA